AUGGGCAAAGUUCACGGAUCCCUUGCUCGUGCCGGCAAGGUCAAGUCUCAGACUCCCAAGGUUGAGCCCCAGGAGAAGCCCAAGACCCCCAAGGGUCGUGCUCACAAGCGCGAAAUCUACACCCGCCGUUUCGUCAACGUUGUCACCGGUCCUGGCGGCAAGCGCAAGAUGAACGCCAACCCCUCUGCUUAA